CCGUGCGCGCUCCGGUGGCCCCCGGUCGCUUGUCAGACAACUCAGAAGCUCCGCCGCUUCCGGUGGCGAUUCGGUGAAUCGCAUCGUCGAUUCUCUCUCUCUCCCUCUCUCUGUCUCGCUCCGCUCGUCGGCGAACGCCGAUUCGGAUCCCCAGAUUCUUGUCCGCAAGCAAUCGCCAUGGGAACUUCAGAGUCCACGCUGUCGGGAUCGCAGAGACCGGCCGACGAAAUCACCACCGUCUCCGAGCGGCCGGAGGGCGUCGAUCCCGUCCUGGAGAAGCUCAGGUCCCUCAAGAUCACGCUUCCCAUACUGACGUCGCUGCUGUCCGAGGGUAGCUUGACCGACAUUUUGGUUAGGAAGCCGCCGUCUUCGUCGGCUCCAGGGACAGUGAAUCCGAAGGUGCUACUGGAGCUAUUCUCAAUGUACCGCGACUGGCAGGAGGAGAAGGUCCAAAAGAUUGGCAAGAAACAGGAAGAAAUAGAGAACAAGAUAGAACUUGUGGAUGCUUUAGCUGUGAAACUUCUCCAGCGAUUUAAUUUCUCUGUGUCAGCAAUGAAGACCACCUCUCAACACUUAUCAGAAGUUCAUGCAUUGCAGGUGGAGCUUGGGGAACUUAAGGGGAGAUUGACAGAGGUUAUUAGUAACUGUGAUGCCCUAUGCAAGAGGAUAGAAUCAGAAGGGCCAGAAUCUCUUCAAUCAUCAGUGACCCCAUUUAUUGCCAGGACCACCAAUUCAUGCAACACCAAUAGUUCAUUACAAAGAGUUCUUGAGAGCAGUCCGGCUUCUACAGACUCAAAAACAGGCUGACCGAUGCUUUUACUUUAUUUUCUUUUUCUUGUCCCUCUUUUUGGUACGAGGGAAGUGUAAUUAGCCAUUCUUGAUUGAGAUCGAGUGCAUUUGGAGGAAGCCACUGCUGCUGUUGCCUAAUUUAUCAAUGGACUCGAUUUGGAGGAUUAGUUUCUGAAUCGUAUUUUGGUGGGGCCCAUGUUAUGUAGCUUUUCUUUUGGGGCCAUUUAUGCAAAAUUAGUGGAAAGAGCUUUCUUGAAAUGGAGUAAUGGGAAGUAUUGGCA